UUUGUGUACUAUAUAGCUAUAGCUACCUAUCUACAGUACCUAGGAAUACCAGUUCUGUGUACCAGUUAUCGAACGAAAGGAAACAAGGAAAGUUAUAUUCCUUCAUAAAGUUAUUCACGGACGCUACCAAGAUGCAUAAAGUUUAUUCCAGAACUAGUUGCACAAAAUUAUUUUAUUCGAACACUUUAUUAGCAAGUUGUGUAGACAAAACUUUGCAUGCAUCAACAACAUUAAAAUUUCCCUUGCCAGCUCUCAAACUUCCGACGAAUGUCGUUGAUAUAAAUGCUACAGAAAUGGGCACAUUCUCGCCACAACGGGACAGAGACAUAUCAGGACCUGUGAUAAAUUAUCAUUAUGGGAAACAACAUCUUUCCAAGAUAGAUAUAACAAGCCAACCAGAUCCACAUGUUAAUAAAUAUGACUGUCGAGGUGCUGUGAGUCUAUCAUCUUCAAUGCAGAGCAAUGUCCCCAGUCCUUUCAGCGGAAACCACACUCACCUGAACAUGCCAGGUUCACAAUGGGGACAAGGACAUAAAUAUUUAUCAGAUCAUCUGCACAGUGCUCAUUACUUGACAUUAAGAAACCAAUAUAGAAACAAAUCAACAAAUGCAGUUUUAACAUUAUCGUCAAGAAACUUGAGUUCCGAGGUGGACCCUCCAUUGAGUGCAAAGGAGAAGUUGAAAAAGGCUGUAAAAGAGUACGGCUCUACAGUGAUUGUAUUCCAUGUCUCCAUAUCCUUGUUAUCUUUGGGGGGAUGUUACCUUCUCAUCUCUAGUGGUGUCGACGUAAUAGCGUUACUGCAAUAUUUCAAUAUUGGAGAAGGAACAGUGUCUAAAGUAGUGUCAUCAAAUGCUGGAACUUUUGUCGUUGCAUAUGCAAUACACAAAUUGUUUGCCCCAGUUCGAAUAGCAAUAACAUUAACGUCAACACCGUUCAUUGUACGAUAUUUAAGAAAUAUUGGUUUUUUAAGGCAUAAUAAUGUAACAAAUGGUGAAGGGAAAUAAACGUUUUAUCAAAAGAUACAAUAUUACGGUUUGAAAAUGGAAAUAUAGUAUUUACUACUUAAUUUUUAUGUAAAUAGAUAUAGAGUAGCAGUUUAAUAAAUACAUUGGCGUCCAUAAUCUGUA